AUGUGCAAUCUUAGAUUCAUCGAAGUAGGUACAAUGUGGAACGAAGUGCUCCUUCCUAAGAACUUUGAAUUUUGUGCACAAGCACUAAGAUGUCUUUACUUGUAUAAUUAUCCUCUGGAAUCUUUGCCGUUAAAUUUUUGGCCAAAGAAUCUUGUAGAACUUCACAUGACUUCUAGCAAACUCAUAAAACUGUGGAAUGGAGGAGAUAAGCCUCUUGGAAGUUUGAAAUUGAUGGACCUUAGCUACUCUUGUAACCUGAUCAGGAUUCCGGACUUGUCAAGUAUUGCCCCAAAUCUCGAGUUUUUAUAUUUAAAUGGCUGUGAGAGUUUGGUUGAAAUUCCCUCUCUUCAAAAUCUAAGUAAUCUUGUAGAACUUCGUAUGCGUGGGAGCAAACUCAUACAACUGUGGAAUGGAGGAGAUAAGCCUCUUGAAAAUUUGAAAUUAAUGGACCUCAGCUACUCUCAUCGCCUGAUCAGGAUUCCGAACUUGUCUAGUAUUGCCCCAAAUCUCGAGUUUUUAUAUUUGGAAGGAUGUAAGAGCUUGGUUGAAAUUCCCUCUCUUCAAAAUCUGAGCAAGCUUACUGAACUUUAUUUAAAUGGAUCCAAUAAAAUCAAAGAUUGUCCAGAGAUUCCGUGUAAUAUAAGGAUUCUAAAAUUAGACGGAACUGGAAUAGAACAACUGCCCUCAUCAAUUAAGCAUCUGUCUCAACUUGUCAUAUUGUCCUUGUAUUAUUGUACAGCACUUGAGAGUCUUCCAAGCAGCAUAGGCGAGUUGAAAUGUCUUGAAUAUUUAUCUCUCUGGACGUGCUCAAAUUUAGCAAGUCUUCCAGAAAGCAUCAAACAACUUUCCAAGUUGAAAAAGCUUCAUUUAAGCGAUUGCGAGAGUCUUAAGAGUUUACCAGAGCUUCCGUCAUGCUUAGAAUUAUUAAAUGCAAAUGCAUGCCGCUCUCUGGAAUCUGCUUCAAUUUCUUUCAAUUUCUUAGAACAUGAUGAUGAAAAUGAAGAAGCAGAUAGAAGUGAACAUGAAAAUGAAGAAGCACAUAAAAGUGAAUCUGAAGAUUGCAAAUUUCUUGAUUUUAGUAAUUGCGGCAAAUUGAAUAAGAAAGUAAUGGAGGAUGUUUUUGAAGCGCACCUGUUGGGUCAGAAAGUUACAUUAUUGAUGGCAGGAGGUGAAGUGCCAGAAAGGAUGAGGUAUAAGAAUAAAGGAUCCUCGCUUUCCUUCAAACUUGACCUUCGUCACGUAAUUGCCUUCUCUUUCUGCGUUGUUCUUCGUCCCAUAUGUGAAUCUGGAAAUAGGCGGGAACGUAAUGCGUUCAACUUAUUUGGCGAUAAGGACCUUGCGAAUUGGAAUGGUUAUUAUGGAGGUCCGUAUCUUUCGGACUUAUCACACGUGUUGCUUUCAUUCAAUGGAUUGAGGACACGUUUUGUUGAAGAGUGUUUCGUUAAGGCCUCAUUUUGCUUCAUCGAUAACCGUCUCUUGGAUCGGCCGGAAAUUAUGGAGUGUGGGGUCCAUCCUAUAUAUCGUAGAGAUAAAAGGAGAAGCAGAAAUGAAAAGCAUCAAGAUGACUAG